AUGUCCUACCUGGACGGCAGCAGAAAACUCCCCAAGGACACCAGAAGUUGUGUUGGAGGAUUUCGAUAUGAGGGGCACAAAAAGCAGCUACGACCAAGAUACGCACAAUCGGAAAUUGGAGAGCCGUUCAUACCGAAAUUCUCAGCGAUUGCCAGUGAGGGUCAGAAGAUAGCUCCACCGAACGAGGACUGGGCUGAUAACACCACAGUACUAACUGGUAUGACCACCGACUCUUACACAAUGGAAGAGAAGGUUUUGUACGCGCCACCGAUGAGUCGAGUUGUUGGAAGAAAAUGCUCUCGUUUUGUAUGGCUCCUUGCAUCCACUCUCCUAUGCAUUAUAUCCGUGGUCAGCGCGCCGAUAAUGUCCUCGCUGCCAAUUAUCGCUCCACAGUUUGGCUUCAGCAUGCCGGCAAUUCAAUGUGACGUCGAUUGUGAAGGUCUUUUAUUUUUAAUGGCUAUUAAAACGAUUUUCCUGGUGAUUGCAAUUGGAGUGCUCUACUGGAGGAAGGCCAUGGCGGAUAUGCCAAGAUUGUAUUUCGUGAGAGCAGCUUUGACUUUUUUGGUCAUGUUCAUUUUGUUCGCUUUUUGGCUAUUCUACAUUGUCAGAAUAAUGUUUGAAAGAUACGACAACUACAAGUAUAUCGUUUCCUACUCCACAUCUCUCUUGGAUGCUCUCCUUUGGACACAUUACCUCUCAGUGGUGCUUCUGGAGCUCCGUAGACUCCGUUCUCAGUUCAUCGUUACAAUUGUUCGUGACCCAGAUGGUGAGAUGCACACACUCAACAUCGGAGCCGGAUCGAUUCAAGAAGCAGCAACAGAAAUCUUGAGAUUCUACACAACCAGAUUCUCUUCAUUCAACAUUCACCUGGACAACGCACGACAGACAGCUGUGGCUAAACAAUCUGGAAUGCAGGGGGGAACUGCUGGAUUCAAAAUGUACAAUAUUGAGCAGUUCGGAGGACAAGAGACCGUUAGUGAGGUUAACACUCGGGCGUUGAUGGAAGCAGCGGCUCGGAGAAGGAUUGGAGGGUACAAUGAGGUUAUGCAAGAGGAACUUGAUUUUGAGAAGAGAGUCAAGAAGAGAAAGUACCGCUUGAUGGCUGCCACAGAAGACGCAUUUGCUCAUGUCCAAAAUAGUGCCGAUGGCAACGGACAGAAAACAGGAAUGAACAAUCAAAUGGACUCGCUCACCGCUGCUCAAAACGUCUUCACUUGGAUCGUCCGACCACUGACAAAGUACUUGAAAACGACACGUCUCCAGUCGAGACACCCAUCAGCUGAAGUCACCAGACACAUUGAGAGAUGCCUCACUCUGAAACUCUCUCAUCGAACCUUCCUUCAACGGUUCUUCAGCGACCGCAUCCCACAUCGAGAAACCAUCACAGAGUCGAAAUGGUCGGUGAUUUGUGACGAGUCAGUGAGCUCGGGUGUGCAGCAUGGAACGUAUCUGGUGCUCAAGUCGCAUAAUUCGGAUGUCGACUAUGGAGUACAACUUGUCUGCACAAUCACAAGCAUUCCAUUCUUCAACCUAACGGAACAAGCCAAAUCGGGAAGCGAGAAGUUUUCGCUGAAGAUUAGCAACGAGUCGGCUGUCUAA